CGUUGUGCGUGUUCCGAAGGUGUACAAUUUUUGAAACGUUCGUUCUAAAGAAUUUUUUCCGUUGCUACUUCUUUAUUGAAAUCAUGAAAAAUUUUCUCGUGCGGUUUUCGUUAUUCAAUAUACAUAAAUAAAUAAAUACAUACAUAUAUUUACUGUGAUUAAUAAUUACUGUUAAAGUGAAUAAUAUUUACAGUUAACCGGCUAAUAUUUACUGUUGACGCAUCUAAUUCUUACGCGCGUUUGCGUAUGAGUAACCUUUGCCGUCGUGUGCUACGUUACUCAAAAAUAACGGUUUAUUUUUGUGAAAGAAAAUUCUUCUAACUAAUCUUUAGUUGCCGAAAAAUAGUGAAAAAAUCAUAUGAAACACCUGUGCGCAUUUGAAUGUGAAAGUGUAUUUACGAAAAGCAAAGAAAAUCGCCUUGGCCCACCCGGCGUAUGAGUAAUGCGGGGGCCGCUGUGCGUCACCUUUCCGUUUAAUGCAGUUUAAGUGCGAUUUUUGGCAAACAUUACGCAAAUAAAUUAUUGCAAUUAUAUGGCAUUCAAUGAAAAUUACUAAAAAUAUAUCGUGAAUUUCCUUGUGCUUUAUUUUCCGCAUAUAUGUAUGUAUGUUUCUGUGUAUGCAGCAAGUGUGACAAAGGCUCGUGUGCGGGUAACACAAAACCACGCUGAUUUGCAGCGCUGCUUGUUGGUAUCUUUUCAGCCCACUAAUUGGAUUGUUGACAAGCCAAAGCCAAAAUAACAACAACAACAAUCAUUGUAUUACUAGCAAUAUUUACUCAGCACACACUUUGCAUUGGCAUGCAGCCGCAACUGCGUGGAAAGCAUUGACUUAUGCCGUGUGUGCCACGAGUCUAGCCUUACGCUCGGUACGUUUACUUGUAACGGUCGUAAAAAUCAAUCAAUAAGCCAUUGCUGCAACUGCAAAGCCGCAACACACAAUUCAACAACUCCUUACUAGCUUCGCUAGAAAAAAGUCCAACAAAAUAAAUACAAUAUAAACGCGAACGUUUUUGUUGAUCCAUUCGGUCGUUUCGGUUACUGUGACAACAAGCCACAAAGCGCCGCCAAGUCACUAUUACUGUCGUCGCGUGUUGCCCACAAAAAAAAAAUCGGAAAAUUGUGUAGAAAUGCCACAGUGAAAAUUAAAAGUGCUUGGCAGCCAGUUGUCAGACACCGGAAAUAACGUGAAGUGUGCUAAGCGAAAACCGCAUUAAAAGCAAUUAAAAAAAAGAGUGAAGUGCAACAAAUUUCAUACAAAGUUUUCUACAGUAAUUCGAAAACGAAACGUGUUUUUCUUUGCAAAUCUUUUGUCCUUGUCGCGAAGCUUAAGAAUUUGCGUUUCUUUUUUUCAAACGACUUUGGGUUGAAUUUACGUCAGCUGUGUGGCGCCUAUUUUAGAUGAGUUUCGUUGGCACAUCAGUACGCUAAUAUUGUACUGUCCAAACAUCUUGGCGACCUCAGCUGCCGUUGCCCAAAGAACUUGACGACGACGCCAGCGACUCCACCGAUGAGCAAAGUGCCGCUGCCGCCGACGCCGCCAAUAUGGAGCGCUCCGCACAGCAUCGCACAACGUCACAUGGCAGCAGCCGAAAAGACAAUACGCUAAGCGGUGCACAAGCUGCGGCGCAACAAUCGUCAGCGGCAAGCGCUUCGAAUAAGAAGUGGUCCUUUGGGCGUCUCUUUCGUCGCAAGAAAGAGAUCGCUACGGAGUCGUCCUCCGAAGAGGAUCGUAAAGCUGGUUUUGUGCCACACCAACAAAGGCAGCCACCACGCGUCGCUAGUGGCGCCACUGGCAGUAGUGCUAAUUUGAAAACGAAAUCGAGUAAAUCGCAUAAAAUCAGUCGUAGCGGUAAAUUGAAUGGCGCCAGUUUCGAUCAUAUCGUUGUCAGUCCACAAACGUCGGGCGCACCGUCCACACCACCACAUCCACCACCGCCGGCACAUGUAGAUCAUGAAUUCUUUUUGCCCGUGGAGACCAUUUCACCCACCGAGGCGUACUAUCAGAAUCAACAACAACAAUACCUCCAACAUGGCGCACAACCGGCGGCAUAUACGCGCUCCGCCAAUUCACUGGAUCGACGCGCUGCAAGAGCUGCGCUUAAAACGCGCUCAGCGCAACGGCUACCGCAUGAGUCGGCGCCUGGUGCGCACUCCUCCAGUGAAGAGGAGCUGAUAUCGCUGAAUUCAUCGACAUUCUCGAAAUAUCGCAGUGAUGAGAGCAUACAUAGCGGCGGUCAAGGCGCCGCUAAUGCGCAGAACAGCAGGCGUAGUCGCGCCGCGCGCAAUGAACGUUACUACAAACGCUUGUCGCGCGAUGGCGAACCCAGCAGCGGACAGGUGCCGGUGAUGUACGCGCCGCAACCAACACAACGCUGGAAAACGCAGCCGGUGCCGCUGUCCAUUUACAACCCAGCAGCGCAAGCGCCCACCGCCAGCGCUGCAGCCGCCGCCGCCGCCACACCGCGUCUGCGCAAUACAAGCAGUCUGCAACAUGUUGCGCCCUACGUGCAGUGGGGCCAACUGCAGCAACAACCAAAGAACUUGCAAAAUACCGUCAACGAUAGCAAGCGCAGCAUCAGCUAUGACAGUCACAUACAUUUGCAAAAUAUCAAUGGGCGCUUGCAGACCAAACCUUUGCCACCACCGCCGCCGCCGCGUGAUCCGUUGCGGCGCGUUAAUGUCAGCGGACAAAUGCAAAAUGGCAGCGCUGGCGAUUUGCGCCCCAUUUCAUACGCCUUCGACCAAAGCGGUUUGCCGACCUUGCCGGCCACCAAUCAGCGUAUGGGCGGUCGUUGUGUGUCGGACGAUAAAAUUUGGUCGGGUCCAGCGGGACCACACUACCAAUCAGUGCAUUCAUUAAAUACGCCUAGCGCUGGUGUAACGCAACCCAUGCCGCAGGGCACGCCACAUCAUCGUCGCUUUAUAACGCGUGCCGAACGCGACGCGCACCCCGCGAAGAAAUCAUUGCCGAACGGCAUCGAGUUUCAUUAUGUUGCCGAUGCAACACCGCGCUCACGCAAACCCAUACACAUGCUGGAGCCGCAGCUCGAUGCGGCGGCCAAUGACGUGGCCACCACGGGUAUCUUACGCACUUCCAAGAGCGGUCUGCCUACUGCGUCGUCCAAACAAAUGCAAGUUAAUGAUUUCUGGAAGCGCCUAGAUGCGAGCACGCAUCAACGCGGACGCGACACGACGCGCGCUUAUGCGCUGGAGAGCAAUGUGAAACCGCGCUCGAUUUCCAGUUCACGUGUGGGCGAAUUGCGCGCCUACCCCAUACCCGUAUACUCGGAAGUGCAGAAACCAAAUAAGAAACGUACACAAGCAGCGCCGCAACCCGGCGCGGAUGAGGUGGACAGCAUUGUGUGCGGCAGCUUGCAUAUAAAGUCCAAGCCGGACUCAAACACAAAUUUCGUGGAGAUACGUAAUAAGGAUUACAAUAAGAGCAGCUCAAUGCCCAACCACUACCAGCGGCGCUCCGGUGAGAUACCCAAUACGCCGAAUAAAUAUGACGAGUAUGUCGCUGAGAAACGCGAGCAGCAUCACAAACCGAUUUUCACGCCACCAACGCCGCCACAACGUAAACUCUCCAUACCGCCAAGUAACGCGGCGCCUGAACUGCCCAUAUAUUUUCCGCGUAAGAAGCCCGCCAAUUUGGAGGAGGCAAUCAACGAACUCGAAGCGAUCUAUAAGUCACUUGGUCUCACAGAGGAGCCGGAGAAGAAGGAGCGCGUACCGACACCAAGCGAAUUCGAAAAGUAUGCUUUGGCGCAUGCGCACGAAUAUGAUGACGAGGAUUCGCCUACCGGCGAACCCGAUCCGAUACGCGACGAUGUGGCCUAUCGUAACAUGCAGUUGGCGAAUUUGCAGCACAAGACCGUGGAUAAGCAGCCACCGUUCGGCAUACCUGUUGGCCCGGUUGUUGCCGCGCCGCAAAACGACUAUCUGCAUGUUACGCCAAUUGUAGAGCCCAUCGCAUCGGUGAAUACGCCCGAUAUAGUUAAAGACGAUUUGGCAGUGCGCGCCUUGCGUAAAGACCCACCAGGCGCCAAAGAUAAAUUUAUCUACCCUUACAGCUCAUUUCAGAAGAAGCAUCGCGCUACGCGCACACAGUCCGCCAACAUAUAUAAUCUUAUACACCGCGACGCCGCCAAGCCAUCUGGCGGUGAUCUACACUCUUAUUUGGAAUUGACGCGCAGCCUAGAGCGCGCCGGCAGCAUGUCCGAUCUGCACAAGGAUGCUGGCGCAACGGCCGCGGAUGUGCCCACAACACUAGCGCUGCUGCGCAAUCUCAAAGAACAGGACCAACAACAACAACAGCAGUUGACACCACAAAAGAAAGUCGCGAUACCCUUCCGACACCCCAGUCAAGGUGGCGCCAUAUGCGCGCUGCCCGAAAAGCUGCCCACCAGCAGCGCGCACAAAGAGGAAGUGCACAAACCGCCAGUGCCGCUGCCGCGCAAGAGUCUCACACCCGAACCGACCGCAGCGAAUGCGCAAAUGGAGGAUGCGUUGAAUAAAAUCGCAAUGGAUGCACAAGAGAAGUCGGAGAAACUGACAAAAGAGUUGCAGGAGCUGCGCAAGGAAGCGCUCAUAACUGCCGCGCGGCCGAAAGCGGCGAGCGCUGAGGAAGAGCGCCUCGAGAAGGACCUGCAGGAAAUCGAGGCGGUAUCGGAGGCAGCAAAGCGUUGCGGUAAAAUGCUCUUAGACACACUACCGGAUGCCAGUGAGAGCACGGUACAAGCGAAACCGCGCAAACUGCACAAAGAGGGCAAACUGAUCGAGGCUAUCGAUCAGGUAUCCGAAGCGGCGAAUGCGGUAUGUGAGAAAAUACUAAAGGAUAUUGUAACCACCGAACCGCCGGUGGUGAUACAGGAGGCAGUGCAGGUGAAGAAUAAGCAGACACCCACUGAAAUGCUCGUUAUGCCAAAUCUUAUCAAAAAACUGGAUCCCAUACAAUCGGAGCAGAUCGAGGCGAUCGCCAAACGUUGCAUGCGCCAGCUGAGCGCGCUGGCCGAUGACAAUCCCGACUAUGACAACCUCAAUCAGGAACUCCAACAGCAGCAGCAGCAGCAAAGCGCAGCCGGAGCCGGAGCCGCCACAGCCGUUGCUUGUAACGUCGAACAUUUAACCAAGGCGUCAGCGGCAAAAGUUGAUAAUCUCAUUUCUACCGUUGCAGAAGUGACGCCCGUGCAGCCAGCUGCGGCGCAGAAGCAGCACACAGACAUUGAGGAGAUCGAUCAAAUUAUGCAAGAAUGCGAGGAGCAAAUGCGCGCCGAAACUAUAAAUUCAUCGACGACUACAGCGCCGCCCCCUAUAGUGUUGUCGGAACGCACUUUGGCCACAACACGUCCGCUGGGCACAGCGAACACGAAAAACAGCAGUGGCGAUGAUCACACCACAGCGCCCAGCAUGACCACAAGCAGUUAUUGCAGCAGCAGUAGCAGCAAUAACGUUGUGGGCGCAGCCAAACCGGGCGCCAGUACGACGGCCUCCUCGUUCUCCUCCUCCAGCGAUUGCCUAGCCAAAUCUUCGAGUCCCUCCGCCGGUCGACGACAAUCUUCGAGCAUUACCUCCUUCAAUCCUUACUCCUCCAGUGAUUAUAUUAAGUCACCAAGUAGUGAAUAUCAUGCACCCAGCACCGAUCCAAUAAAAACGUUCAGUAGCACCUCGUACGAUGUGAAAUCGACUACGAGCGCCGCCACACCGAAUAUAAGCGCCACAACGAACAGCACAUUUAGCUACUCGCCAUCGCCGCCACUCAACCUGACGCCCGUCAGUGAAACUGCCGCCAUCAUUGCCGCCGAAGGUGGUCGCGCGGCGUCAGCUACGCGUCAGUCGCAAGAGCGCACGCGCACACGCUCAUCUUCCUCGCCAUCGCAGUACAACUCCUCCGAAGAGUUGGCUAUGAUUUUCGGUAUUGACGAGCAGCCGCGCCGCCAACGCGCCCAACAACAAGCCAAAGAAAUGCAGUCAGCUACAAAAGUUUCAGAAUCCGUCGACACUACACAUAGCCCUAAUACCAAUUACGAAAACAAAUCGUCAAACUGUAGUCUAUCCUCCGCAUCGGUCACUGCCAAAUCGAGCUGCCAGCAAACGUCUUCAGUAUACGAUAAAAUAAAGCAUCAACAACAAUUGCAACAGCAACAACAGCGUCAACAAACGUCAAAACAUCACUCGAAAGAACAACAACAACAACCGGGCACAAGAUCUUCGUCGUCCUCCUCAACACGCUAUCACGGUGUACAUCCACAUUUUCACCAUCACACCGCACCAGCCUACUAUACCGACGUCAAUCUACACAUACACACACCGAAGGCUAACGAUGUUACGUCACUAAAUGAGAAUUACCAGAGUGUCUACAAUACACCAACACAAUUGGUCAAAGAGCAUUAUUUUCCCAAAACUAGUACCGCUACAGUAGUGCCACCACCAAUUGGCACGGGUGCUGCAGUUAUUGGACGCGCCAGCACUACAUCGCCCUCGUCGCUGGAGAAGCGUGAACGCGAACGCGAACGCAACAAAGUGCCGAUCGACAGUGCUAGUAGCAACAACAAAAGCGCCAACGCAGCAGCUGCACGUGCGGCUUUUUUUCGUGGCGGCUCUGCGGGCAGCAGCGGCUACAACAACGGCGAAAGACCAAGUCACGAAGCUUUAGCGAAAUCGUCGCCAGCAUUUGGGCGCCCUACCGAGACAGGUGAAUUGAACGACACCACAUACACACCAUACGUUGACAGUGGUAGUAGUUUUGUUGUUGUUGACAUAAAUAGCAGUAGUGAUUGUAGUAAAUAUAAUAAUAAUAAUAAUGUUAAGCCAUUAGACGACAACAGCGCGACAGACAUAACACAACACGAUAGCAUAAAUCAUAAUUACAACAACAGUAACAUAAAAUCCAUAACGUCCCCCACAUCACCGACAGGCACGAAUACAUCGACAACAACAACAUCGGCCGGACGCAGUCGCAACUCACAUCGUUUCGCUGGUAAGAGACGCGCGGUGCGCGUGCGUAGCGAAUCCCGACCGAUUAGCGCACUCUAUGAUAUAAUAUGCAAGGAGAAGGGUCUGGAUAUUGGUACCAGCACCACGAACGAAGAAGACUCGUCAGCGCCAUCAAACGACGACGACGCGCAUCAUAGCGCACGCAACAGCCAUAAUACUAAAGGCAAGAGCAAAGAACGCAGCCAUCCACGUAGCAGCAGCAGUAGAAAUAAUAGUCUAAAGAAUAGUAAAGAUUACGCAGAGAUCUCAAAUUGUCUAACCGCGUUCGUGGCCAACUCUUUGUCCAACUAUUUGGGUGGCACGGCAUACGAUCAAUCGAAUAUGGAUCACGCUGCCACCGCGUCCGGUGAUACAAACGCAACACACGAUCGCGCAAAGCGCUCCCACAAAGCGCGUGCGUCGAGCGGCCACAAGCCAGGCUCCAAGAAACGCAAGGAUGUUGGCGGUAAAACAAAAGCGAGCACGCCGCGCAGUCCGCGUGAUGAAGAGCUGAACGGCGAGACAAGCGAAGAUUCGAAUGACGCGUUUGCGCACACCACACUGUCGGCGCGCUCAAAGCAUCGCGCUGAUUGUAAUCGUCGCAUGAAUGGUACUGAAAAGGCGGCCUCCUUGCCGCCGCAGCUGCAUGUCACAGCGCAGCACCCCACGACCACCACCGGCACAGGCAUGCCGCAAAAGGCAACCACUCACACAAAUAAUGUCGAAUCAAAUACUCAUUUGAAUGUGCGCAAAAAGUGCUCCAUUCAUUGUCGCUGUCAGUUGGGUUGCGAAUGCCGCUCCGCGAAUUCCGCUCAUCGCACCACACAUUAUCCAUAUGAAUAUCAUCAAUCCUCAUUACCACCAAACCUGUCAUCCGGCACAUGUAGUAGCGUACGCUCGCCCAGCACCGCCGAUGACGAGAGUCUCGGUUACUCCCCCGAAAAGCUAUACAUUGAACCUGUAAAUAUGAAUUUAAGUGGUAUCUCAUCUAGCCCUGCUAACGCUAAACAUGCCAAUAGUAGUAGCAGUGGUGUAGUGCUUGAGCCGACGUCCAGCAUACACUCGGUGCGCAAUAGCAAGGAGCGCGUUAGUCGCGCCCAGCAACGUCGCUUGCGCGAAGAGAUGCGCCGUCAUACGGAUCUGCCGCAAUUGGACUCACUCUCGCCAUCCUCGCUUAGUAAUAUUAGUCAAGUGGUGGGUGCGGCGGAAAAGGCACUGAGUGAAGAUGAAGGUGUUGCGGGCGUGAAGCAACAAGACAACCGCACGAGCAGAGCGAGAAGAUUUAUAAAUCGUCCCAGUCGUACACCGUCACGUGGUCGCAGCGCCAACAGCGCGCACAGUUCACCGCAUUCAGCACGCCGCAUCAAUACCCAACACGCCGACAACUCCACAUCCUCAUCCUCACCACCAGCCGAAUCAACGCAUAGUCGGCACCUAACGGCCGCUGCAGCUGGAGACGACUACAGUUUGAGCAAUCUAGCGCUGCCACCAGUCAGCCCGAACGCCAGCACCGUUACCAUUGAGGAUGUAGGCUCGACCUCAUCUAGCGAUCACAUUGCCCACAUACAAUUAUCCCCAUUACAAAUAAUGACCAACUCAGCGACACCAGCCACCGAGCUGCGUCCCCCGGCGAACGGCAGCGCCGCACUCGAUGUGGGCGAGGCUCAUCCCGCCGAUACGGAGGUGAAUGCGGAAGCCGGUACGGCCAAUUUCGGCGUUCAGGUGGCCAUUUCAGCAGCGGAAGCUUUGCGUCAACGCAAAUACGAGGUCCAUACACUUAAAUCUCCACAUAAAAAUCCAUCCAAAACCAACACACGAACCAUUACGACAACAAGCACCACGCCCACAAUUACAAGUGUCGGCGUCACGAAUAGGUCGUCGGCGACAAUUGUAAAUCAGCGCGACCAACAACAACAGCAAUCGCUACAAUACAACAAUAAAAGCAACUACAUUAGCACGAAUGCUAACCACAACAGCGCGAGCACCGCUUGUACACAUAACAGUAAUAGUUGCCACAACAGUUACGCCAUGCCCACUGAAACAUUUUUGCUUAAACAAAAAGCGGCAAUGCUUGCGGCAGGCAGCACCAACACCAACAACAGCAACACCGGCGCUACAGUGGUUGUGAAAAAGAAACCGUUAUCGCCGCUACAAAUCAUUGCAUUGCCACACAAUGCAACCCUGGCCACACUAUCCCAUCCAAACGGCACUGCUGCAGAAACAACAACGUUAACAGCAACAACAGCGCAUCAGCUGAGUCACCAACAUAACGCGCAGCAUCGACAACAACAACAACUACAAACGGCACACGUGACACAAACGCUGCCGCGGCGUCCAAGUCCACUUUUAGGCGCACCACUCUCACCCUUCGCCGCAGCGCGCUCACCGUUGUCGCCAUGCGCGUCGCCACAUUAUGUGCGUCCGACGAAAGCGUCGCGCCUACGGGCAGCCGCCUUGGAUAAGAAAAAAUGCGAAGACGAAACAAUUCAGCGUCCACGCUCACCAUGCUAUGGUUCACCGCUGACAUCGCCACGUCCAGCCGCAUCACCAAAGCAUCAAUCGCCGCGCCUCUCGACAAGCUCAUCAUCGGACAAUCCACGUCCAACCACCGCCGAUUCGGAAAGUGAUACAAAAUUGGCGCAAAACUCAUCGCUUACCGUAAAGCAACGUCUCACAUCGACCUCCUCCAAUGAGUCACCAACCACCAACAAGAAGUUGGUACCCUCCGUUUCCGUAUCGGUUAAACAGAAUCUCAGCGAAUUGCAAUUUAAUGGUGGUCCUAAGAAAACGAGCUCUUCAAAAUUGAAGAAACCACGCACGACCGCAACGCCCGCGCCAGCCACUGAGUGCACUGCCAAAUUCACACGCUCGGCGGGUCGCUUAUCCACAGCCGAAGAGUCAGAUACGCAUGUGCUAGCGAACAAGGUGACAAAACCGCUGCCGCGUCCACGUACGUCCGCCACCAUAAAAUCGAGCAAAUCGAAAUCGACAAAUGAUCUGAAACCGGCGAGCAGCGAUAGCUCGCCCGGCAAACCGGAGCUGAGCCCGGUUAAUGGUGUAACUCCUGUUAGUCCCUUGGAGGAUCGCGAUAAAUCAUCGAAACGCAAAUCGAAUUUGAAUCGUUCGCUCAACGAAGAGGCCACCGUCGAUAGUGAUGACUCCUUAGCAGCGCGUCGCCGUCGUCGCCGUGAGCUCGGCAUGGUGCGUCAACUCGUGCCACCCGAUGAUCCAGUGCUACGUGAAAUGCUAUCACCACGUCAAAACAAAACCGACACGUCAGCCAAAAAUUUGGCGAGCCACAAACCGCCACACAACGAAUUGGCCUAUCACAUGGAGAUCGCGCGUCGCGGUUGGGAUCUAGUCAAUCCGAGCGUAAGCAAUCGUGCGCGCUCCGAAACGGCUAGUCCAAAAUAUGAACUACACGCGCGUGAAAGCUUGAUUCGAGAGCGACCGAGCAGCAAUCGCUUAGCACGCCGCAGCGAUACAUUGCAUCUGGGCGAAUUGCGUAAGUUGCGCUCGAACGAUGUCAAUCGGAAGGUAAAUGAGCGUACAAAAACCGAUUUGGCGGAGAUUAAGAAGAUCGCCGAACAGGCGAAUGUCGAAAUGGCCAUGAUGGCUUCGGGUAUCGCCGCGGAUCUAGCCGCACAGGCGGUACGUGGUGGUGAGGAUUACAUCAGUAAUGAUUUGGAUGGCAGAGAUAGCAAUGAGUGUGUUGUGGAGCUGGCAACGCCGGCACGUUACGGCAUCGGUAGUCGUCAACAGGCGUUAACGCCACCGCCAGCACCAUCGUACACGGAAUUAGAGGUGGCCGCCGAAGCGAAGGAGCGUGAUCCAUCACCAGCCAAACACGCCACAUUCGUGCAGGAAGAGCGCAUCUACUACGAACCGGAAGCUGACGAGCUGGUAGCUAAGUCCAUCUCGAAUACGACAAUGUCUGGUGGCAUAUUGCGUCAGCGUAUAUUGAAAGCGCGUAGCAUGGAACGUGAUGCUGGUCACGAACCGCCAAAACUUUCGCCCAUAUUACGGCGCAGAAGCACAGAUGAUCCCACAUAUAUACCGGUGCCGACUGGUGCCGCUGGCGUGUACUCGACAUCGCCAUCCACAUCGACACACAACCACAUCGUUUCGAUACUCAAGAAGAAGGAUCAUAUUGCGGGCGAGUCCAGUUCGGCUUCCAGCAACGCUUCGCCGGUGACAUUUUCCGCAAACGUGGUCGAUACACCGACUUCGAAACAGAAACGUGCCGGCAUACUUAAGAAACGCUCGAGUCUGGACGAGUCGCGCUACUACUCACGCUCACAUUCGCCCGACGAGCGCAGCAUACUUAUUAAAUCGGCGCGUCGCAAUUCACUAGAGGAGACUGCCGGCUUACAGCAGCAGCAACAACAUGGCAUACUCAAACAGAGCAGCUAUGAGAGUAGCAAAAGUGAUGGUUGUCCCUCCGCCACUGAACCACAUCCGCAUGGUAUAUUGAAGAAGAAAGAUUCUACCUCGACACCUUCCGAUGGUGGCACACAUGCCCCGAAACAUGUCUCGAUCUCACAAGCUGUGAAAAUGGCCGCGGCCGAAUUGGGUCGCGAGACGGCCGACAAUCAAGCGAUAGCCGGCGGCGAACACGAUGAAAGCGGCUACACACCCAGCAAUGAAGAAUAUGAAAUCCGCCCAAUACUCAAAUUGGAAAGUAUUUCCAGCGAUGAUGCUAUGCGUCCACCUAAACCGAUAUUAAAGAAAAAGUCGUCUGGUGACUCGGAUGAAUACGAAAUACGUCCCAUAUUAAAGACAUCGCGUAAGAGCAGCCGCGAAGAGUUCGAUUUGGGCGGCGCAAUCAGCGAAGAUGGCCGUCAUUAUAGCGAACCGCCACCACCGAUUGUACGUCCAAUUUUAAAGACUGACUCACCAUCGAAACGACGUUCAUUGGGUGGUGAAGAGCUGGAACCCGACGUUUUCAGCGCUGAACAAGUCAGUGGCCAAUCACCAAGUUUACUGAAACGGCGUACACGCUCUUUGGAACGUCAGGAGGCGCCCGUGGUAGAUUUGGCGGCCGCAUUGAAUGCUAUUGCCACAUCACAAGCCGCACCUUUGGAGUUUGUGUCCACGCCGAUCACAACUGGUGGCAGCAUUUCGGUUGCGGAGCGUAUAAAAAAUAUGGAAAUGUUCCUAAGCAGUAACGGUACUUCACCGUCUACGCCGGUGGAUGCCAACACUAGUUGGGAAUCGCCUUUGCAGUCGGGCGUAACACCGAAAUUGUUCAAACCAAGCGCCAUACGUCGCGACAUGUACCGCGAUCGCUACAAGACGCAACCGAUAACGAAUGAUGAAAAAUUACACUUUAAAGCCACCGCUUCGCCGCUCGACACCUCCACCACAUCCGCCUUCAAACCGACCAAAUCGCUGGACGCAGGUCUCAAUUACAACACAUUCGCCCAUUUGAAUGCACCAACGGCCGCCUCUAGCGUCUCGCCGGGCAGCAGCUACACACUCACGCGUUGUGCCACCCAACCGCUGCAUAGUCAGCAUCACUUCAAGGCAGCGGAAACGUCUUCAUCUUCCGGUACGCCACCGCCACCACUACCAACGCUACGCGCCACAAUCGGACGUCACAAUUCGUUAAGUGAUAGUUACAGCAACGCUAAUAACAACAAUCACAACAACAGCAUAAGUGAACAAUUAAACCUAUCGGCGGGUAGUGACAGUGAGCGUAUCUUUGAAAUGUCUGGCAUUGAGGAGGCGCCCAUCGAAAGCGCUGGCAAAGUUGAGGGUGGCGCGGACGCCGCUGGUGCUGGUGCUGGGCUGACACGGAAGAAUAGUGUACGCGCUCGUGCUAAUAUGUUCCAACAGCUGCAACAGGAGAAGACUAGGAGCGCAGAGGCAACGUCGGCGUUAGCUGGCACGGCGCUCGGUCGUGAGGAGCGAACUUCACCGCGACGAGGAUCGUCUCAGCUUUCGCCCACGUCCUCCAUGCUCCCAACAAUAGCUCCUAUAAUGAGCAGUAGCAUUUCCAGUACAAGCGGCUUACAUACGAACAGUCACGAGGAACCGAAAACACCGCAAAAUCCGAUCAGAACAGAUGAGGAAAUCGCUGCCGCUCAUUUGCCACCAACCAAAUCGGCCUUCGAACCACCGAAAGGCAUACUCAAAUCCAAAUCCAUCGGCGUCGGCUUUAUGCCCAUGGACUUGAGUUCCGAAUUGAAAAAUCGGCUGAAAAGCUCCACACACGCCUCCGUCUCCAAUCUGCGCAAAUCGGCAACGACGCACAACGCCAAUCGCGUGCAAGAUGCGCAUGCCAGCGGUGCUGCAGCAACAAUUGCCGCAACCGCAGCGUCCGGCGGUGGCGCGCCACAACACGACGACGCUGUGAGUCUCGUGCGUAAUCUCUCGAAUUUGGGUCGUCCACCGACGGCGACGAGUGGUGGUGGCGGCGGUUUACGUGGUGCUGACACAAUCGCUUCCACCUCGGAAGGCGAAAGUUCGGGCGGUCGUGAAGUUUCGGAAAUAAUUAAAAAUAGCGCCGUUGCACGUCGACGAAAACUGAAUGAUGGCUCCAAUCUCAUUGCGAAAAGUAAAAGUCAUUCUGACAUUGUCGCCGCUGCACCACCUCCACUCGGCGGCUUACCCAUUGGCAUUGGCCCUCAAUUGCCACCAUUCGGUAGCGGCGGUUUUGUCAAAUUGCGGCAUGUAGACAAAGCACCAGCACAACAACAAGAACUACAGCCAGCUGUACAGCAUCAAUCCGCCGCCGAGUCAAAUCGCAGCAACUUUCCGAACGCACAAAGCGUACAAAACUUACAAGAACAAGCAGAAGGUGAGGCCGCGCAGGCGCAUAAUCCCACAGCUUUACCGGCAUUCUUACAAGGCGGUCUUCGUCGCAGCUUAACACAGGUCAUGGGUCCUGAUCAACGCACAAUUACAGUCGGCUGUAAGGCAGGCUCGAUCGCCGAUCGGCUUGCGGCUCUGCAAAAGAGCGGAGAGGAUGAUUGGAAGAAGAGAAUCUCACGACGCGACGAAGUCGAUGAAAUACGUCGAGAGAAUCUAGUAAAUGAAUCACUUUCUUUGGCACAUUCAUUAUCGGACAAACCACUGCCGCAAUCACCUCUCAUACCAAAUUGCUUGGAAGGUGGCAAAGUUUCAGAUCGUUUGGGCAAAUUGAAAACAUCUUCGGAAAAGUGGAAGGAUCGUAUUGAACAAUCCGAUGCCUCAAAGUUCACAGUCGCUGGCCGUCUGCAGAAGAAAGCACAGUCACCGAUUGAGCUACAAUUUGAGCGCGAACAAAAUGCCGAACCGAAAAAGUGUCCCAUGCAUGUGGUGCGCAGCGCCAAUCAACCACAACUUGGACUCGCCAAGAGUCCAUCGAUGAUGGUGACAACCAAUACGAAUGGUGGCGCCAACGGUGGUACCAACGGACAUCAUAAUUACCUGCAGCGCAGCUUGAGCGUAACAGCCGAACGUCCCAAUAGCGAAUCGGCCAACUCUAGCUCCGACUCCGAUUCGGAUGGGCGCUGCAAUGAAAAGGAGACAAAGAAUAAGGCGAACACAAUGAGUGCUGCCGCAGAGCGUGCAGCGCUGGGGACACGUGUUGCUGUGCCGAAGUUGGACGACGAAGAGACAUUCGAGAAAUUCUUUGCAUCAAAGAAACAAACACCCAUACAGACAACCGUUAUUAGCGAGGAUGCCGAAGUGAACGAUUUCGAUUUUGAUAGCAUCAAGACGACACAGCGUUUGGUUACAAAACGUACCAUACAAGGUCCGAAGGGCAGGCGUGCAGCACGCAACCCACUCAAGAGUUUAGCCGAACGCAGCGACAUCACUUCCGAGUAUACCGAAGUUAAGUCUGGUGUGGCUGAACGUGAAAUGCGUCGCUUGAAGCUCGAGUCAUAUGGUCAUCGCAGCAGUAACUUGGCGGCCGAGGCCAUCGCCGGGCUGGCAUCCGUCGAAGAUUUCAAAUCGGUUGCUUUGAAGUCCUCAGCGCUGCCACUUAAUCAAAUGUGGGUUCCCUAUAAGAAGCUUAUGUUGCUGCAUGUCAAGGGCCGUACGCACGUGCAGACGCGUCUGGUUGAACCGACUUAUAAGUCGGUGAAUCGCGGCGAUUGUUUUAUACUCGUGCAUGGUGAUCAAUUGUACCGUUAUGUCGGCUCGUACGCCAAUGUCAUCGAAAUUGCGCGCAGCAAGAAAAUAUGCGCCUAUAUAGUCGAGAACAAAGAUCUCGGUUGCACGGCGUCUGCUGAGGUUAUACUCACCGAUGGCAAGUUCUUAAAUGAACGUCACUGGAAGAAAUUCUGGGAGCUGCUGGGCAAGCCGGAAGAUUAUAUCAUACCCGAUUGUGGGCAUGCCGAUGAAGACGAUCUCUUCGAAGCAAGUCUGAUAGAGACCAACAAAAUCUACGAGUUCCAAGAUGAUUCAUUGGUGCCGAUGGAAAAGUACUGGGGCUGCAUACCGAAAGUUGAGAUGCUCGACCCCAACAAGGUUAUCAUUUUCGAUUUCGGCAGCGAAAUGUAUGUGUGGAAUGGCAAGACAGCGUCGACAAAUGAAAAGCGUGCCGCCAUUAAGUUGGCGCAAGAGCAUUACGACACCGGCGAUGUGGACUACUCCAGCUGCUACGUCAAUCCCGUUAAUUAUGCAGCAAUUGUAGGUAAUCGCGAGUCAUAUAAAUUUCUGCGGCGUUGCGAGAAGCGCGGCGACUGGUGUAUUUUGGGUAAAAUCACACAAAAUAUGGAAACUUCGCUUUUCAAGGAGAAAUUCUCCGAUUGGCCGGAAGUGGAGCGUGAAGAUCUGGAAAAAGAUUAUCUCAUGAAUGGUGUGCAUGCUGUCAAAGCGCUCGAUGGACACGCGCUCUACAAAGGCGAACCUUAUCUGGAGCCUAAUUUAGUGUUAGAAAACGCCAAUUUGGGGCGUGGCAACUUCUAUUACGACAACGACAGCAUGCGUCACUUCGAUGUCAUCACAAUAUCCACCGACAAAUGGCAGAUACACGAAUUCAACUUCGACAACGCCAACGCUAGCAGUUACGGACACUUUUACUCUGCCGAAAGUUACAUUGUGCGUUGGGUUUAUCAGAUUUCGGUGACAGUGCGCGAGUUGAGUGGCAAAAUCUCCAAACGCGCCACCGUCGGACGCGAUCGUUGUGUAUAUUUCUGCUGGCAGGGCAACGAUUCCAGCGCCAAUGAGAAAGGUGCUGCCGCGCUGCUCACCGUCGAGUUGGAUAAGGAGAAGGGCGCACAAAAGCGCGUGGCACAGGGCGAUGAAACACCCGCCUUUAUAAGGCUCUUCAAAUUGCUAUUCCAGCACAAAGGCCGUAAGGAUGAUUGCCUAGAACGCCGCAGCACAUGGCGUCUGUAUCAGAUCACUGGCAAUGUGCCGGAAGAGACGCUACUCAGCGAGGUGGACUGUCAUGCGCGUCAGUUGCGCUCACGCGCCUCCAUGUUGCUUGUGCACGGCGAUAAGGGCGUGCUGUAUAUAUGGCAUGGCUGUAAGAGCGCCAAACAUACACGCGAAGUGGCUGAGCAGGCGGCAGAUCACUUGAAAACCGAGAAACCGGAGGAUUUAUUCACACACAGUGUGAGCGUGGUGCAGGUGGAGACGGUGGAAGAAGGCAAGCGUGCGAGCGAGUUCGAAGCGGCAUUGAGCGGCUACGAUAGCAACGCCUAUUAUAGUCUACUCAAAGAGUCAACCAAAGAUUUCGCUUAUACUGCGCGUCUCUUCCAUUUCUCGAGCACGCAGGGCGUGUUUAGCGCCACGGAAUUGCAAUAUGCGCUGCGCUGCCAGGACUUGCACAGUCCAUAUCCAUACACGCAGGCACAAUUGUACAAUGCACGCCAACCGACCAUCUUUAUGCUCGACGACGGUGAUAUGCUGUGGCUGUGGAUGGGCUGGUGGCCGCUGGAGGAUCUCAAAAUAACCACUGAAGAGCGCAGCAGUCCAACGAAUGAGAAUCGCGCCGGCGUGAAUCGUUGGAUAUCGGAGCGACGCGCUGCUUUGGAAACAGCCGUAUCUUACUGGUGCGCCAAAUUUGGUGAAAAUAAUGAAAAAGACUUCCAUGACAUUAAAGGUUAUGUCGUAUGGGCUGGCCUAGAGCCAUUGGCCUUCAAAGCUCUCUUCCCCGAUUGGAGUGAGCGCGAUGAUAUCAAAGAAAUAAACAUGCAGGAUGGUCGUACUGAUGAACCCACCCCCAUCACUGAUGUGCUAAAACAACUAACCCAAACCGAAUAUCCGCUUGCCAUAUUGAAGGAACGUCCACUGCCCGAAGGUGUGGAUCCGACGCGCUUGGAAUUGUAUUUGAACGCAGCGGACUUCCAGACAGCGCUCGGCAUGACCAGCGCCGAAUUCGAACAGAUGCCAUUGUGGAAGCAGACCAAUCUGAAGAAGGAGCGUGGCUUAUUUUAGUUUUAUUAAAAUGACAAAACAAAAACAACAAAACAUAAAAAAUAAUAUUUUGCUAUUUAAAUUAAAUAAGUGAAAAUUGCUUAAAGACUAGAACUGCUAAAGUAGAAACAAGCAUGAAAGCGCGAAAAUGUUGCGCUUCGAAAACAAAACAAAAAACGCUAAACAUUGAGAAUUAUAUUUUGUAAUACUAUCAGCAUAUAUACAUAUAUGAGCGUUCACGCAGACGCACAUCGGCACAUGAACACAAUCAUUUUUGAUAUAUAAACAUAUAUAUAUGCAUAUAUGCAAUACCACAACCACUAAAAUAUUUAAUAACUUUUUACAUAUUUUACAAGCUUACAAAAUAUAUAUACAUAUAUACACAAAAAUGCGAGCGAUUGAUUCUAAUAUAUAUAUUAUAUACUUACAUAUAUACUUAGGCCUCAUCUACAUACGAUACAUAUACAAGCAUAUAUACUCUUAUAUAAAAUUAAACUAAAAAUUUAAAAAGAAUAAAAUAACAAGAGCUAUAUUAUAUAAAAGUCUUAACACAUGCAAACAUUCACACACACAUAUCUAGCAGCUCUGUGCGCAUGCGCGUGCAAUUUUUUGAUACAAUUUUACAAUUUGCACAUAAAAUAUAUACAAAGGCAACGUUAAAUUAUUAAAAAAAAAAAUAAAUUAUUAAAAAAAAAUAUUAAAAAAAUGAUAACCAAAAA